UUGUUUCCUAUCUGUACGGUACUCAUUCAUUGUCAGCUUUUUCUUUAAAAAAUUUGUUUUUUACAGUCACUAUAACUCUUACCAAAUUGAUAUAAUACAAAUGGCUCACCGUAGAGAGAGAAAGCUAGAGCCUUUGUGUUUUGAGUGUUUUGGGAUUUAGAGAGAGAAAAUGGGGUGAGUAGGACUAAUGUGCAGCUGGGAGAUUAGCAUUUCAGCUGCUGAUCACUACCCAUCACUGAGUUUCAAUCUUUUGGUUUAAAGAUCCGAAUUUCACCUUGAAUCUACAAAUUGAAGUUUACUGAAUAAAUUCCAUUAUCUGGAGAAGUAGUGGUUUGCUGUUCAAUUGAGCAGGUUCAAGAAGUGAAACAGAGAUCUAGCAGGCUUCUUUAGAGUAAAUUAGGUUGUUAGAAGAAGUUGCAUCAUUAGUCUGGCCUGGAUCCAUUACUUGGGUUUUUAUUACUGGUGCAAGGACCAGAGCUUUGCAAAGUCAGUACCAGUUGCUUUGCUGUUGGCUGGAAUCAUGGCAACUUUAUCACAUUCUGAAUCUAGGCGACUGUAUUCUUGGUGGUGGGACAGCCAUAAUAGUCCCAAGAAUUCAAAAUGGCUUCAGGAAAAUCUUACAGACAUGGAUGCCAAAGUCAAAGCAAUGAUUAAGCUCAUUGAAGAAGAUGCGGAUUCAUUUGCAAGGAGGGCAGAAAUGUACUAUAAAAAGCGGCCAGAGUUGAUGAAAUUGGUCGAGGAGUUCUACCGAGCUUACCGUGCACUGGCAGAGAGGUAUGAUCAUGCAACUGGGGAGCUUCGCCAGGCCCAUCGAACCAUGGCAGAAGCAUUUCCAAACCAAGUACCUUAUGUGCUGGCUGAUGAUUCACCCUCAGGUCUGGAGGGUGAGCCUCACACACCAGAAAUGCCACACCCAAUCCGUGCACUGCUUGACCCAGAUGAUUUGCAUAAGGACUCGCUGGGACUCUCCUCGGUCAACCCAUAUGCCAUGAAAGGUAAUGGAGGAUAUUUAGAAGGAUCGGACUCUAAAAUAAGCAAAAGGGGCUUGAAACAGCUAAACGAGAUGUUUGGAUCAGGAGGAGCAGUUUCAAAAAGUUCAGAAGGAAAUCUGAAAAGAUCUCCAAAUUUUCCUGAAGCAGUGGAAUGUGAAAAUGAAAAGCAAGCCGAAAUUGAAGUUCAAAACUUGAAAAAAACUCUUGUAGAGAUUAAAGCUGAAAAGGAAGCUCUUCUUCUUCAAUACCAGAAGACCUUGGAGAAGUUAGCUAGCAUGGAGAGAGACCUAAAGGAAGCUGAGGGGCUAGAUGAACGAGCAAGCAGAGCUGAAAUUGAAGUUAAAAUCCUGAAAGAUACCCUUAUUAAAUUAGAAGCUGAGAGGGAUAUUGGUCUUCUUCAGUACACUAAAUGCUUGGAAAGAAUAUCCAGUCUGGAGAAUAUGUUAUCUCUAGCACAAGAGGAUGCAAAGGGCCUUAGCGAGAGAGCCAUUGGAGCAGAAGUAGAAGCUCAAAGUCUCAAGCAAGAAAUUUCUGCCCUGGAGACUGAAAAGAAAGCUGGUCUUCUUCAGUACAAUCAAUGUCUGGAGAUGAUAUCCAUUUUGGAGAAUAAGAUCUCUGUUGCAGAGACAGAUGCCAGAAUGCUCAAUGAGCAAACUCAAAGAGCAGAAUUUGAAAUUGAAGCAUUAAAGAAAGAUCUUGCUAGACUGAAAGAAGAGAAAGCAGCUGCAGAACUUCGGUACGAUCAGUGUUUGGAGAGAAUAGCUAAAAUGGAAUGUGAAAUUUUUCAUGCCCAAGAAGAUGUCAAAAGACUGAACAGUGAAAUUCUUACGGGAGCUGCUAAACUGAAAAGCGUAGAAGAACAGUAUUUUCUGCUAGAGAACUCAAACCAGACUUUGCAGUUGGAGGCAGACAAUCUGACACAGAAGAUAGCCACAAAAGAUCAACAACUGUCAGAGAAAGAAAAUGAACUGGAGAAACUUCAGAGUUCACUGCAGAAUGAGCAGUCACGAUUUCUUCAAGUUGAAGCUGCUUUGCAAGCUUUGCAGAAGUUGCAUUCCCAAUCUCAGGAGGAGCAAAAAGCUUUGGCAAUAGAACUCCAGAAGAGGCUCCAAAUGUUGAAGGACUUGGAGAUAUGCAACAAUGACCUGCAGGAAGACCUCCAGCGGGUUAAGGAAGAUAACUGGAGCCUCAGUGAAUUGAACAAUUCUUCCAGAAAUUCAAUAAUGAAUCUGCAAAAUGAAAUUUAUAGCCUGAAGGAAAUGAAAGAUAAACUCGAAAAAGACCUCUCCCUGCAACUGGCCCAAAGUAAUUCCCUGCAGCAAGAGAUUUACCAUUUGAAGGAGGAGAUCGAAGGCUUGAAUAGGAGAUAUCAGGCUUUAGUACAGCAAGUGUGCUCAGUAGGCCUGGAUCCUGAGUGCCUCAAUUCAUCAAUCAGGGACUUGCAAGACGAGAACUUGAAGCUAAAAGAAAUCAGCACAAAGGACAGGAGUGAAAAGGAAGAUCUGUAUGACAAGUUGAGAGACAUGAGUAAGCUUUUGGAGAAGAAUUUAGCUUUGGAGAGAUCUCUGUCUGAAUUGCAUAUCAAGUUGGACGGAUCGAGAGAAAGGGUCAAAGAGUUGCAGGAGUCCUGCCAGUUUCUUCAAGGAGAAAAAUCUGGUAUUGUUGAUGAAAAAACCAUCCUGCUGUCUCAGUUGCAAAUUAUGACUGAGAAUAUGCAAAAGCUCUUGGAGAAAGAUGCCUUGCUGGAAAGUUCACUCUCUCAUGCAAACAUUGAACUUGAAGGUCUGAGGGAAAAGUCAAAAGGCUUGGAAGAAUUAUGUCAGAUGCUAAAAAAUGAGAAAUCCAAUCUUCAAAAUGAAAGAAGCACUCUGGUGACUCAGCUAGAAAAUGUUGAACAGAGACUGGGAAACCUAGAACUGAGAUUUACAAGACUAGAAGAAAGAUAUAAUGAUCUGGACGAGGAGAAAAAAAUGAUGCUUUGUGAAGUAAAAGAACUGCAGAGUUACCUUGGCUUAGAAAAAAAAGAGCGUGUGUGUUAUAUGCAGUCUAGUGAGUCUCGAUUGGCAGAUCUGGAAAACCAGGUCCAUCUGCUGAAAGAGGAAAGCAAGUUGAUUAAAAAAGAAUUUGAAGAAGAACUAGAUAAGGCAGCAAAUGCGCAGGUUGAGAUCUUCAUCUUGCAGAAGUUUAUACAAGAUUUGGAGGAGAAGAACUUAUCCCUGUUGAUUGAAUGCAAGAAACAUGUUGAGGCAUCCAAAAUGUCAAAUAAACUGAUAACAGAGCUGGAGACCGAGAAUCUUGAGCAGCAGGUGGAAGUGGAAUUCUUGUUGGAUGAAAUUGAAAAGCUGAGAAUGGGAGUUCAUCAAGUGUUAAGAGCAAUUCAAUUUGACAUGGAUAAUGAGCAUGAAGAUGACAUUGAAGAAGGGCAAAUUCCUUUUCUACAUAUUCUGGACAACAUUGAGGACCUAAAAGGUUCAGUCCUGAAAAAUGAGGAAGAGAAUCAGCAACUGGUCGUUGAGAACUUGGUGCUCUUGACUUUACUUGGAGAAUUAAGAUCAGAAGGUGCUGAACUUGAGUCAGAGAAGAAAGUUCUUAAUCAGGAGUUUGAGAUGUUGACAGAGCAGUGUAGCUUGCUGGAAAAGGGUAAGCAUGAACUUGGGGAGAUGAAUAGGCAAUUGAGGUUGGAAUUAAGUGAGGGAGAGCAGCAAGAGCAAGUACUAAAGGCAAAAUUAGAAACUCAGCAUGUGAAUCUUGCAAAAUUGCAGGGUUCAUACCUGACAUUGCAAGAAGAGAACAUUAAGGCACUUGGAGAAAACAGAUCUUUGCUCAAGAAAUUCUCAGAUCUGAAAGAGGAAAUGCUUAUACUAGAAGAGGAAAACAGUGUCAUUCUACAGGAAGUACUAUCUCUCCAUAGUGUAUCAACAGUUUUUAAGAGCUUUGGGACUAAGAAAGUUGAGGAACUUGAAGCACUUUGUGAAGAUCUCAGCUGUUUCCGUGUGGCUAACAGUGAUCUCAAGAAGAAGGUCAAGAUGUUGGAGCAGAAGCUUGAAGCCAAGGAAACAGAGAGUUUACAUCUUAAUGAAACAAUUGAGAAGUUACACCAGGAGCUGCAAGAAGGAAACGAUUUAAGUGAUCAAUUAAACUAUCAAAUUUUGAUUGGACAGGAGUUUGUCAGACAGAAAGCUGCUGAGCUUUUAGAAGUGGAACAGAAGCUUAAGGCUUCACACAACUUAAAUGCAGAGUUGUACAGAAUAAUUGAGGGGCUGAAAAAGGAAUGUGACGAAGCAAGAUUAGCAAGAGAGAACAUAGAGAAGCACAUUCUUGAACUGUCCACAGAUAGCAUAAGUCAGAAAAAGGAAAUUGAGUGUCUUAAAGAAGCAAAUGAAAAUCUGGAGUCAGAAGUGGGUAUAUUAUGUAAGGAAAUUGAAGAACAGAGGACUAGAGAGGAGAACUUGAGUUUGGAGUUGCAAGAGAGAAGCAAUGAGUUUCAACUCUGGGAGGCUGAGGCUUCAUCAUUCUAUUUUGACCUUCAGAUAUCCUCUGUACGUGAAGUCUUGCUUGAAAAUAAAGUUAAUGAGCUGACUGCUGUUUGUAAGAGUCUUGGAGAUGAAAAUGCCACCAAAGAUAGCACAAUUGAGCAGAUGAAAGAAAGAUUUGGAUUCUUAGAAACUGAAAUUGGACAACUGAAAGUUCAGUUGUCUGCAUAUGCUCCAGUCAUAGCUUCUCUAAGAGAUAACAUUGAGUCUCUUGAAUGCAAUGCCCUUCUUUGCACAAGAUCGUUUUCAGCUGAAAUUCAAGGACAGAUGGGUGUUAAAACAGCUGUACAAUCUCAGGACAGAAACAAUCAAGAACUCAUGCACAACGAAACAAUGCCAGAUGGAGUUUCAGAUUUGCUCAAGAUACAAAAUAGGGUUAAAGCAGUUGAGAACGUCAUGGUCACAGAAAUGGAUAGGCUUGUAAUGCAGGAAAGAUUAAACACUGAUGUUAAGCGAGAACCUCCUGUGAAAGGGGCUGAAUUGGAAUUGAUAUGUCGAUCAAAUAGAGAGAAGGACUUCAGGAAGGAAGAGGAGGAACUCGAUGAUGAUCCAACUGAUAAUUCUAAGUCGUAUAUAAGCAAAGCCAGAAUUUCUGAUGUGAAGAAUGGGAUUUGGAUGAAAGAUAUCCCACUUGAUCAGGUUUCAGAUUGUUCAUUAUACGGAAGAAGCAAGAGGGAGAAUGCUGAGACUGAUAAUCAGAUGCUCGAGUUGUGGGAAUCUGCUGAACAUGAGGGAAGCUUUGAUCCAGUGGCUGGUGUCACCCAGAAGCAGGCAGCUGCACAGUUAGCGAAUGUUAAUGCUCGGUUCAAAGGUAGCAACCACAAGAGUCGGAAUCCCUCUUUAGAGUUACAGGUGGAGAGGGAAGUGGGAAUUGACAAGCUAGAGGUGUCUACAAGCAUCAAGAAAGAGCCCAAUCUAAAAGGGAGCAGAGGAAAGAUCUUGGAGAGACUUGCCUCUAAUGCCCAGAAAUUAACGUCUCUUCAAACAACUGUGGCAGAUUUGAAAAAGAAAAUGGAAAUGAAGAAGAGGAGCAAGAAGGCCAAUGGCCUUGAAUUUGAACGAGUGAAGAGGCAGUUACAAGAAGUUGAAGAGGCUGUUGAGCAGUUGGUUGAUGCUAAUGAUCAAUUAACAAAAGAAAUGGAAGAGAGUCCCUCAUCUUUAGAAGAAAACACUUCGAUAGCAUCUCAAGACACUGGCAAUGUUGUUAGAAAUAGACUGACAGAACAAGCACGGAAAGGAUCUGAAAAGAUAGGAAGGUUACAGUUCGAGUUACAGAGCAUCCAGUACAUGCUGCUAAAAAUGGAGGAUGAAAGGAAAAACAAAAGUAAACACAGGUUUCCAGGAAGUAGAACAGGCAUCAUUUUGAGGGACUUUAUUUACAGUGGUAGCAGGAAAAGUCCCAGAAGGUGGAAGAAGGGUUGCUUCUGUGGCUGCGCAAGGCCUUCAAACCAUGAUGAUUGAAGUAACUGGUCAAGGAAAAGCCUAUCGUUAUUGUUAAAAUCUUUGAAAUGUUCCUGAUGCUAUAGUUGUACAUUUCUUGGAUUAGUUAGACUGUAUCUGUUCUUUUAGCUUAGGAGAAAGCUAAGAACCAGCCUGAUCUAGCAAUAAUAAGCUGUUUCCCUCAUCA